AUUUUCCUCCACCUCCAUUCUCAUACACCCUUUCAUAAACUUGUAAAUUCUUCACCAUCAAAUCAAAGAAUUAGGUAAAAAAGUAAAAAAAAUCUCCAUUAUUUCUUCGAAAUAUUUUCCAAUAUGGGCACCAUGAAAAACAUACCAACUGCUUUAUUAAAUAUCAAUGAGCGUGCUGAUUCUAUUUUGGAACAAUUGAACAAGGAAGAAGCGCUUCAGAUUUAUAAGCGAAUGCCUGAAUUCAAUAGAGAAUCUUCACUCCGAAAUAGGUACAGCAAUAUCUUUCCUUACAAGGAUAAUUAUGUACACCUAAGUCCCAAAUGGGGAUAUACUUGCGACUAUAUGAAUGCUUCUAAUGUUAUUCUUCCUUGCAGACAAUCGUUUAUUGCAACACAGGGUCCUACACUAAAGACAAUUCCUCAUUUUUGGAAGAUGGUAUGGCAAUCCGUUAAUGAUCAUGGAAUCAUCGUCAUGCUUACCAAGUUGCAAGAGGGCCUUCGUACUAAGUGCGAUUUAUAUUGGCCCUCAGAAACCGAGAAAUCGCUACAAGUAGACGGAUUAAAAGUGACUUAUAGUGGAAAAUAUAAAGUGGAGUCCGUCGAUGAUUGUACAGUACGAAAGUUCGUGUUAGAAAAAGGCUUGAAGAAAAAGACAGUGUAUCAUUUUUAUUAUACUGAAUGGUCUGACUUCAAGAGCCCAAAAGCAACCUCUAUUUUUUCUUUAUUACUGUGCGUUAAAUCACUAGCUCAUACAGUCAAAUUCCACAAGUCUCCUAUUGUUGUCCAUUGUUCAGCUGGUUGUGGCAGAACAGGGACAUUUAUGGCACUCUUAGAGCUCGUGAACAGAAUUGAGUUUGAGUAUUCGAGAAAUUACUUGCUGGAAUCCAUACCUGAAAUCGUGUACUGCCUUCGUAUGCAAAGAAUGCAAUCUGUGCAGUCCGCUGAACAACUCAUUUUCUUGUACACCAUUUGCUAUGAACUCCUUCAAAUGCCUUUCCCCAAGGUUCCAAAAUUAGUGCCUCUGGAUUCGACUUAUUCUUCAUAAAGCAAACAUUGACAUUAGUUUGGUCUUCUCAUGGCAACGCAAUCAUUCCAUUACAUGAUUAUUGGAUAUUUUCUUAAAUUUAUCUAUCCUUUUUUUUGUCCUUCAUGAGAAUGCGAUUAUGUCUGAUCUAACGUUUUAGUAGGAGGGACCUCUGUCUAAAUUUUUGAAAUAGAGCUCAAUUCCAUGCCUUCAGAAUGGUCAGAAGAGGUAUAAACGAAACAUAAUCUUACAAACGAGGCUAAGCCCGAACAAUCUUUCACCCUUGAAUCCUUCGAAGUA